UGACGUCAACUGUCAGUGUCGGUUUACGUUUUACUAACGACGAAGAAGUCCCAACUUCCGGCUUCGGAGCGCCCUUUCCAUUUAUUUUUUCCUAUAUUGUACAGAGAAAACAACAAAACACUAUCACAAUCGCUCACGUCGAAGCCCCCCACCGCCGAGAAGAGGAUUUGAUGUGACGCUUUAAUGUUAAAAGACCAAACGAUGUCUGUGGUGUUGGACGGGAGUCCGCUGAAAGCGAUGCAGAGCUCACACACUCACAGCCAGCAGACUGCCCUGAGCGCCCAGGAGCUCUCCCAGGAGAUCAAGUCCUUCAUCAGUGGCGUUGACACGGUUCAGGGCCGGAAGCUCAGUGUCCGGGAACACGCUCGCUGUGCUGUGCGCCUGCUGCGAUCUGUCCCGGCCUGUCGAGGGGCGGUGCUGGAGCAUCUGAGGGGCGUGUAUGAUGAGCACGUCUCCGCCUUCUUGCACAACCUGGAGACCGAGAGCGAGGCCAGCUCCGGGGUCAGUGCCAACCUGGAGGACAUCAUACAGGAGGUUCAUGGCGUUCUGUCAGAGUUCAUCCGUCUCAACCCCCGGGCCUGGGCCCCCCUGGUAUCUGCCUGGGCUGUGGACUUGUUGGGCCAGCUGAGCAGCAAGCACGCCGGCCGUAGGGUGGCCCCCCACUCCUCCAGCCUCAACGAGCUGCUCCAGCUCUGGAUGUCCUGUGCUGCCACCCGGUCCCUCAUGGAGGCCUACUCUCAGUGUUUGGCCGCCAUGCUGGCCUGGUGCCCUGACGCGUGUGUAGAUGCUCUGUUGGACACCUCAGUUCAGCACUCUCCGCAUUUUGACUGGGUGGUGGCUCACAUCGGCUCCGCCUUCCCCGGUACUAUCAUCAGCCGAGUUUUGGCAUGCGGACUCAAGGACUUCUGUGCUCAUGGCGCUAAGGACACAGGGCUAAUGGUGAUGGGAGUGGAUAAAGGCAGCAGAGUGCCAAAGAUUGGCUCAGUGGUGGGAAUCCUUGGACACCUUGCAGUGCACCACUCAGACAGCAUCAGGAAGGAGCUGCUCAGGAUGUUUCAGGAAAGCCUGAGUCCAUCUAGCCCUCUAUCUCCAACUUCAUCCUCAACGUCUUGGGAGAGUUCCCCUCAACUACGUCGGGCUGCAGUACCGUUUCUGCUGCAGCUCGCUGCAAUGUCCCCCAACCUCUUUGGUGCGGUGUCUGCAGAGCUUGUGGAGCUGCUGCGCCCUCCUAUCCUGCUGCAGCUGCAGGCCUUGCUGCAGGGCAUCCCCAGAGAGGAGCUGGAUAACAUGCUGGGGCUGGCUGUCCACCUUAUUAGCCAGAGCCCAUCAGGAGGGUCCCGGGUCCUCCGUUUUCUGGCAGACACAGCGACCCCGGCCUCAGUUAUCAUCUCCGGCCCUACACCUUCCCCUCAUGAAGGUGUCAGAGAAGGUUGCGAUCGCCUCCUCCAGAUGCUGCUUCUGCAUCUCCACAAACUAGUCUUCAACCGCUCAGAGGGAGCUGAAGUCAACUCCCAUCGCUCUGCUUCCUCUCAGCCCCAGAGGGUCAUCCCCUUCUUGGAGGAGCUGCAGGCUCACGUAGGUGAGCUCUGUGCCGAGACUCUGCGACUGGAAAGGAAGCGUCACCUCUGGCUGCACCAGUUGCUGUGUCUACUGUCGGUGUAUGGUGGUCCCAGCGUGGCCACUGAAGCCCUCUGCCAGCUCCUCACCCAGGCCCACAACCCGGAGGAGCUGGCUCUGGCCUGGCAGCUCCACACCACUCUCUCCUCUUGCAUGGCGGGACUCAUUCCUGCCGCUGUAGCUCGCUGUGUUGCCCAGAUCCACACACACACUCUGGGUCCCCGGCAGCUGAGGCAGCUGUUGCUUAACAUGGCCACAGCCAUCCAAAGUCAGGAUGAGGAGAGAAGAGGAGCAGCAGGUGUUCAGUCCUCCAUGGCCAUCCAGGUGGGCUCAGCGGUCUCGGGACACCUCCAUGAUUUUGGCCCGCUCCUUCUCCACGGUGACCCGGCUGUAUCUCAUGCUGCAGUGCGCCUCCUGUCCUGUAGCCCGCUCCCUCGCACCUCCUCCCCAGCACACCUGCUCCUGCUCUCUCGUGCUGCCGUCACUCAUUUCUUUCUGGCGCUGCGGAGAAGAGGAGAAGUAGGAAAGCUGGGGAGAGAUGCGGGACAGGCAGGCGAGGCGGUGAACUGUUCAGUCCUGCUGCUGUCACGUUUCGCAGCAUAUUCUCCGCUCACUCUCAAAGCGGUACUUCAGCAGCUGGUUGAGGGGGCGCUACAUCGAGGCAAUGCUAGCCUAUUUGGAGGGCAGAUCGCAGACAUGUCUGGAGCCCCUUUGCCACAGAUCCCGCCUGUGUCUCCUGACAUCGGAGCCUCUUUGCUGGAUAUCAACUGUCGCUUCGGUACCACCGUCAACUUUUCUGGCAGUGUGUGGUCUGUGUUUCAUGCCGGGGUGAUUGGCAAGGGGCUGAAGGUCCGCACUGACACACCACUUCCUGACCCAUCGGGGGUCAUGCAGAACGUCCAGACUCUGCUAGCUGUCGUCGUUCAGUGUUGCAGUUCCUCUGGUCUCAACGGCUCACGACCUCCAUCUUACCCUGACGAGCCGCUGCCCAUCAACGCCGAGGCGGCCAAGGUUGUUGCAGUUACAAUUGUGGAAAAUGUCUGUCCCGAUGUGGCCAAUGGUGAGCUGUCCUGGCCCCCAGAAGAACACGCCCGCACCACGGUGGAGCGAGACAUCCACAUUCGACGUUGCUUUGAGGCCCACCCGGUGCUCUUCCCUCUGCUUCAGGUGGUGGCAGCUGGACGGCCGGCUCUCUGCUACUGCUCAGCUGUGCUCCGAGGCCUCCUCGCCACUCUGCUGGCCCACUGGGAAUCAUCCCGCGAGGUGUUGUCUACAGACUCCCCGUGGCACCUCCAGGCCUCUUGUCUCUUGGUGUCCUGCAUGGGGGAGGGCCAGCUCCUGCCUCCUGUGCUAGCUAACGUCCACGAAGCCUUCCCCCACCUCACUCCCUUCGAGGUGAGGCUGCUGCUCCUGGCUGUGUGGGAGUUCGUGAGAGGCAAUGGGCCCAUGCCCCAAAAGUUUGUCUUCAGCUCAGAGAAGGGGCUGUUCUGCAGGGAUUUCUCACGGGACGGUGACGUGGCAAGAUACGUGGCACCGAUUCACAGCGUCCUACAUAAAAACAUUGAUAGAUUGGGACAUUUGUGCUGGCGGUUCCAGCUCUAAAGGCUAGUGGGGAGCAAACUGUGUAGAGCAUGUGAGACUGUAAAAUAGUCGGGAUACUGUGUUACGUUACUACAAGAGUGGACUGCAAAGUUGCUUUCACUGUACUUCAGUUUCAUACAAGUGUAGCUGUGUGCGUGUUUGUAUGUACCUUUUUGUACCAUAUUUUUAGACUUGAUACGUUUCUAACUAAUUGUUUCUGUGAUGAAGGGGACAAGUGAAAUGACCCACAUGUAUGUUAUGUUAAUACAGAAUUUGCUCCACACAAAACACAGCCGUAAUGUGUCAUUUUGAUUGGAAAGUUAGUUUUGUAUGACUUUCAGAUUGCUUACGUUCUAAAAUUGUGGCUACAAACAUGCCUUGCAUCUCUUGUUAUAUGUCCAAAGCUGUUCUUUCAACCACUUUACAAAAUAAACCAUUUCGUCGUA